AUGUCGACGAGCAUCUUUAACCUCAUUGUCAUCUUGCUAUCAGUCAGCAGUUGCAUUGGGUCGCCCGUCUCCGACAAAAGAAGCCGUUUGGAACGCCGUUACAGCGGCAAAGCGACGUGGUUCAUUCCCGAUACCGGAGCUUGCGGGGACGUCAAUUCGUCGAGCGACCACAUUGUGGCCAUGAACCAUGCCCAAUAUCAAGGCGGUGCGCCGUGUCACAAGACUGUUUCGAUCACCAACAAGGCCAACGGGAAGACGAUACAGGCGAAGGUGACAGACGAAUGCCCUCCCUGUGGCUACGGAUCUCUGGAUCUUUCGCCCUCAGUUUUCAAAGCACUCGGCAAUAUGGACGACGGUAUCUUGCCUGUAAGUUCCCCCCAGGUCUCUGGCUCCGAGAUAGGUCCACCAGUAAUCUGCAUCGCGUACUUCGUUUGA